AUGGGCAAGUUGGGCACAAAGGUCCGAGCUGGGCAAGGCUCAGGCUCAUCCUGCUUCUCUCCCAGGCACUGGGGGUGGUCUGCACCCUCAAUAAGAAUGCUGGCAAGCUAACUUUGCCUGAACCUGGAGUCCAUGUGGCUGAUGUGGAAGAUGUGAAUGCUGCAGUGCCUUCUUACCUACUCCCUGCACGUGAACAUGACAAGCUGUGCCAGCUGGCCAGAAGCGACCCCAGGCAGCAGGAAGGUGAACCACCAGUGGUAUGUGUGCAACAGAGAAAAAUUGUGUGAGUGACUCCAGGUUGUGCUCGUUCAGUGUUACCUUGGUCAAGAAAUGUAGAUCUUCUUAAAUAACCGCAUAUUAUAUCGCUUAUCCGUGUCAUCUGUUUUUACUCUGCUUAUGUGUACAACAUCUGUCAAUAGGUCUCUAGGAAGAGGCUCAAUGUUUGUGUUUUCACCAGAUCAACUUCAGAGACUGCUUAAAAUUCAUCCAGACUGGAAAACUCAUAGAUUUCUUAAUUGGGGUACUGGAGAUGGAGAAGUUACAAAAUUCAUGAGCCCUCAUUUUGAAGAAAAUUAUACCACUGAGAUACCUGAAACUAUUGCAACCAGUGCUGAUCUACAGAAAAAAAGAAAUAGAGUGUCUAAUAUAAAUGAAUGGCAGAAUACAGGGUUCCAGCAUGAUGUCAUCAUUCUUGAAUUGCUGGGCUGCUGUGAUCAGCCCCUGACUUUGUUGGAAGAUAUCAGAAGUGUCUGGGAGCCAACUGAAGGCAGGGCUAUCCUGGCCCUGGCCUUACCCUUUCAUCCCAAUGUAGAAAACGUAGAUGGCAAGUGGGAGAAACCAUCAGAAAUUUUGGAAAUCAAGGAAGAGAGCUGGGAGGAACAAGUGAACAGUCCGACUGAAGUUUUCAGGAAAGCGGGUUUGGUUAUUGAAGCUUUCACCAGACUUCUGUACCUGUUUGAAGGGGACAUGUGUAAUGAUUACCAUGUGCUAGAUGUUGCUGUCUUUGUGCUCAAACCAGAGUAA